CGUCCUGUGUAAUAGGAGUCCGCACCUAAAAAGAGAAAAAAAGGGGUUCGCGAGAGGUGCCCAAAAACCCAAAUGCCGGUGACGAUUUCAUCGUUGAUUCCCUACCACAAGCUCAACCACCAACGCCUGUCGGCGUCGCUUUCCGUAAUCGUCGGAGCUAAUAGACUAAAGAUGACCACCACCGCCAGUGGCGGCGCCACCAACUCCGCUGGUGCGUACACGACUAUCAAAGAGAGGGUCGCAUUCGAACGAGAGAUCAAAAAGAGCAAAUUCAUCGCCAUUGCCGGCCACAUCUCCGACGAACGGUCCGCUCAUUCCUUCCUCUCUGAGGUCCGUGAUAAUAAAGCCACUCAUAAUUGUUGGGCUUAUAAGGUUGGCGAUCAGUAUCGGAGUAAUGAUGAUGGUGAACCAUCUGGUACAGCUGGCAAGCCAAUACAUUCGGCAAUUGUUUCUUCAGGAAUAGAUAGAGUGAUGGUGGUCGUGAUUAGGCAUUUUGGAGGUAUCAAACUAGGCACUGGAGGAUUGGUCAGGGCUUAUGGAGGAGUGACAUCUGAAUGCUUGAAAAACGCCCCAACUUGUCUUGUGAAAUCCAAAGUUCCAAUGGGUCUGGAGGUUACAUUUGAUCUUUUAGGAGUUUUGUAUCAUCAGCUACAGUCUUUUCAAGUUGAGGACAUCAAACAGGAUUAUGAUACUGGUAAGGAUGGUGUUACCAUGGUUAGUUUCAAAGUUGAUUUUGACCGGGUUGAGAGUUUAGAGGAAGCCAUCAAAGCCAAUUGUAGCCGAGAGAUCGUGUUCUACAAGCACUGAAACAGAUGGGCAGUUUCGCAAGUGCAAUUUGGUUCCCUUUAUGUUGACUAGAGGAAAUUGUUAAACAUUCAUGACCUCAACAUGAAGGCAACAGUUGCAGGACUGGUGACUGCACUUCUUUUCUUCUUCUUCUUUUUCUUCAGAUCAUCCAGUGACACAACAUUGGCUGAUGUGUUGCACAAUUGGGUUAUGACUUGUUGCUAGGAAAUUUUAACUAUUAUAAGUUGACAUGUUGGGUUAAAAAAAGGAAAAUGUAAAUGAUUGAAAAAAGUUCUUGUACUGAUAUAUCGUGUGUUGUAUACAAAAUUUUCACUUCGAUACCUAUUAUAUUCCAUUCUCCUUCACACGA